AUUAUUACUUCAGAUAUGUCUGUACACAAACGAUUUUAUCUUUUAAAAGAUAUUGAUGGAUACAGUCCAGACACACUUGACCUUCAUCAGGAUAAGGAGGCAAAAGAAUACUGGUUCAACUGCUUCUAUAAACUCGUGUUGAAAUUUGAGCAGCAAGCUGCUAAAAGCCAGAAUUUUGAUCCUACCGCUGUAGAACGUGCUGCUAAGUUUAGAGAACACUAUUUGGCAAAACUAGAACAACUUAAGCAAGAUGAUUGCAGUUUAAGUAGGCCACUAUCUAUUCGAAAUUUAUUAGAACUCAAUGAAUCAACCCUUAGAAUGUUUGGCUUUGAUGAUCCAUGGAAGGAACAAAAACUGAUAGAGAAUUCAGGGUCAAUUAAAAAACUUAAUGCUCGACUUCAUCACUUAGAUCAACUGGAAAACUCGACUGUGAAAUGGAUCGAGAUUGUGAAAGGCGUGUUGGCAGGUAAUAUGUUUGACUGGGGAGCACAAGCUGUUUCUCAAAUUCUUGAAAGUGAUGCCAAUUUUGGGUUGAAAGAAGCCAUAGAUCGCAUACAAAAGCGUCCAUGGCUGAUUGACUGUUUGGAUCAAUGGUUGGAAAGAAUGCAGGGCACAGCUCAUAGAUGCGCUACUAUAUUCACAGAUAACUCUGGUAUAGAUAUAGUACUAGGCAUACUACCACUAGUGAGAGAGCUGUUACUACGGCAAACAAAAGUAUUACUUUGCGCAAACAACAAUCCGGCGCUCAAUGAUAUUACAUAUGAAGAACUGAGAGAGGUUAUUAAACAAUGUUGUACCGAAUGUGAUGUUAUUAAGUAUGCUUUUCAUAUUGGCAUGUUGAAAAUUCUAGGAAAUGAUCAGAACGGUCCAUGUCUUGACUUCCGUCUCAUCACACCAGAUUUAUGUAACGAGAUUGUGAAAAGUGAUCUGGUUAUAAUCGUUGGAAUGGCUAGAGCGCUACAUACAAACUUGAAUACAAAAUUUACCUGCGAAACUUUAAAACUAGCUGUCAUCAAAAACGAGUGGCUUGCAAAACGUCUUGGUGGGGAAACAUUUUCUGUUAUCUGUAAAUAUGAAAAUAUAUGAUAUUUUUUAGUGUAGUAGCUCAGGAUGAUGGAUAAAAGAUGGACCUAUGGACCAUUUGUGUAUGUAGUGGCGAGAUUGUCAAUUUGGUAAAACGAAAAAAAGUAGAAAAAUGCGUCGUCAAAAAAACUAUAAAUCUCAUGUUGCAAUAUCGUAUACUGUUAUUUAAAUGAAAUGUCUAAUUGUCGCGCACUACUAUAACCAAAAACUAUUUACAAUUCCACCCUUUGUCCAUCAUCUUGGUGCUGGCGUAGUUUGCGUUUUCAACAGACAAAUAUAAGCAUAAAUAAACCUGGGAGAUUAA